UGUUUAAAUUUUGUACAGCGAAUUGCACAACAAAUUGAAAGUAUGUGGUUAAAAAUAAUUAUUGAGGACGUUUUCCAAAAAUAGAUUAUAUGUUUGUCUUUUCCAUACAAAAUACGGCGCCUCACAUCAUUCCUUAACAGCUUCUUGAUUGAUACACACGAGUGGCCACACAGGCGGACAACAUUCACACAGGACAGGUCAAUCAAACUUCUCGGCCUUUUUAUCAAAUCAUUUAACAGCAAAUUUUCUUACAAACACUGAAAUGGAAGGCAUCGUAGCAGAAGGGCAUACCCAAACACUAGUGAAACCAUCACCAUGGGGAAAGGCUGUCCAAUCAAGUCCCUGGGGUCAAUCAACCAAUCAGAAUGCUGCCCCUUGUAGUCUAGAAGAAGUGAUGAGCGAACAGUUGGCUAGCGAGCUUCAACAAGAAGAAGACAAAACGUGCGGCUUUCCGGAGGCUGCCGGUGUUGAUGUAGAGCCAGAAAUCCAGGAGCUUAUAGAAGCAGCGAACAGUGAAGGGGACACAAGCAGUGACGUAGUUCUGGCCCGCAUGCUUCAGAUGCAGUACGACCAGGAACACAACCAGCUGCUCCAGGCACAGGAGUCACACCUCAAUAAGUGCAACACUGUGAAAGUGUCGUUUGAGAAGUACAAGUUAGAAUACCCAGCUUUCAGUGAUGAUGAAAAGGAAGACAGCCAGUGCUUUGAUGAUGAGUACGAGAACAAGAAGACAGAAUGGGAGAAAAGUCCAGUAGUGGCAUCAUCCAAAGGAUAUUCUGGCCGAGGAAAAAACAUCGUUACAAAGCAUGAUGCAGUCAUUUGUGGGCGGAAAAACGCUUCAAAAAUGAUGGACUUCACGCCCGAGUUUGAGAGUGGGGACUGUGAAGAAAUGGACAUGCGACUGCCAAACAACGAUUAUAAUCAUCUGAAACGACACAGCAAUAAAGCAGACAGACGUCAGCAAAAACUACACGAGAAGAAGGAACACUCCACUGCGGAGCAUGCCAUGGAUCCACGUACACGCCUCCUGCUUUACAAGCUGGUGAACAGUGGCACCCUUGAGUCGAUCAGUGGCAGUAUCAGCACUGGGAAGGAGUCCGUCGUGCUACACGCUUAUGGAGGAAGGAUAGAGGGCAGAACCCUCGCGACAGAAGUGGCAAUCAAGGUGUUCAAAACAACGCUGAACGAGUUCAAGACUCGAGAGAAGUACGUUCAUGGCGACCAUCGCUUCUCCAAGGAUGACUACAAGAAACAGAACCCCAGGAAGAUCAUCAAGAUGUGGGCCAUGAAGGAGUGUGCUAAUCUGGGCAGAAUGCACAAAUUCAACAUCCCAUGUCCAGUGGUACAGAUCAUAAAGAAGCAUGUCCUGGUGAUGACCUUCAUAGGGGAGGACCGCAAACCUGCACCGAAACUGAAACAUGCCAAACUGUCAGCAGAAAAUAUAGAGGACGCUUAUGACCAGGUUGUGAAGAUUAUGCGUAAGAUGUACCUGAAGUGUGGCCUGGUACAUGCGGACCUCAGUGAGUACAACAUGUUGUGGCAUGCAGACACAGUGUGGAUCAUUGACGUUUCACAAGCGGUGUACCUAGACCACCCUCGAGCUCUCGAGUUCCUCUAUAGGGACUGCACCAAUGUGGUUAACUUCUUCUCUGAAAGUGGAGCCCAUGCAGUGAUGACCCCUGAGCAGCUGUUUAACAAGGUUACCGACCUGGAUAUCAGGGGUCAAGGGUCAGACUUCAUUGCACAGGUGCAGAGAUAUGCAAAAGAGAAAAGUCAAGAGCUAAUUGCGAAUGAAAAAAGUGACAAAAACUAUGCGUUUGAUUACUUCUUUGAUAAAUCCGUAAAGGACAAGAGCAAUUUCGAUACGCUGAUUAUUUCCGACUCUGACAGCGAAGAAGACGAUGACGAUGUUGAUGAUGAUGAUGAAGUUUGUAGUGAUAUUAAAGAAGAAGGAUACAUGGAUGUAAUAUAUGAUACUGCUAAUGUUGUGGAUAAUGCUUGUAGUGACGACAGUAAUGCUACUGCUGGUGAAGUUGAUAAUCUAAAAGAUGAAAAUUGUAAGAAUGGUAGCAGGGUUGGUGUUUGUAAAGACAAUGAAGUAGGUGAAAUGAAGGAGGUUUCUAUAAAUGAUGAGACUGCACAGGGUUCAAGCUAGUAUACCUACAGUUGUGCAAAAUCAGGUUUACUAUGUGGCCGGUAAAGCUGGUAAAAGAUUGGGAAAAAACUCUCUGGCUCAUGCUGAUUAGAAAAAAACUUACCUGUUUAUUUGUGUGCCCAUUAAAGCUGAAAAAAGACGGAUAGAAAAAACUCAUUGCCUCAAAUAGACAAUACAAAAAUAGUGAAGGUUAGAAAAACUUAGAAAUUUAAAAGAAUCAUUUAACAAAAAUGGUAUCAUAUUAUAUGUAAUACGCUUAUCAAGGCUUCUUUGGUCUAUUGUUACAAAAUGUCAAACUUAAAAUUAA